GACUGGGAUGUGCCCGGCAGCAGCUUCACCACUAUGCUCCUACGUUCAGGGCCCAGGUCGGCUGGAGACUUCUCCGGACAUUUCAGCAAGGAGUCAGUGAGUGAGUGAAGGCCACUGCUGGGCACCAGGACAGGAGUUUUUGGAUCAACAGUUACAACAACCUAAACAGGCAAUCUAAGCACUGAGUUUCUUCUUGACCUCUCUAAGAGGGACCACCACCACAAUUUUUAUUUUCACUGUUGAAAGGUGCUGUGUAAUUAAGCAUCCUGGAGCACAAUGAAAGAGUUUUAAUGCACAGACUAGAUUUCAGAAAAGAAAGUGCUGCACCGACUGGUACAAGGAGUGAGAGAAAAGAGGUCUUAUCGUAGCACCUUGGAACACUCCUAUCAUUUGAAGUAAGAGAGCAGAUGGUGUACAGAUAUAUUUGAAAACCAAGUAGAGAAUUCCAAAGAAGGUUGUUCAGGCUGACAUGAGAGCACCACUGAAGGCCUGUGAGCAGUCCACCAACAUCUGCAAUUUCUUCAGGGUGAGGGAUAAUCUGGGACACCCAACAGACAGCAGUGAAUGUUUGAACUCAGAAGCUAAAGAGCUCAGCAAUCAGCAUGCUUGAAUGUCAGCCAAGACACUAAACUGGCAGCCUUCCAUUCUGCUAUUGAUAGAUGCUUGUGGAGGAUUGUGCUCACAGGGAGAUGAUUCCUCAUGAAGUCUCUGGAUCCCCUUCAGAAAUCAAAUGUGACUUUCCGCUUAGCAGACUGAAAUCAGAGCCAGCCAGGCAGUGAAGCCACAGAAGUGGGCAGGGGCCUGUGAAAAAUGAAAUCUAACCAGGAGAGAAGCAAUGAAUGCCUGCCACCCAAGAAGCGGGAGAUCCCUGCCACCAGCCUGCCUUCUGACGUGAAGCCAUUAGUUCUGGCCAGUGAAAACCACCGUGCAGAUAACUUGCCAUGGCUCUCGAGCACAACCAGCAGCCAGAGCAGCAUAGCUGGGCGGAACAGGCCUGGAGGGAUCUCGGUGGAGGCUAGUUCACAACUGGGAAUAGGUUUACACAAGUCACUAUCUACGGGAAUAGAUUAUUCGCCACCUAGUGCUCCUAGGUCUGUUCCGGCCACCGCAACACUUCCCACAGUGUACCCGUCUGCCCUUUCACAGGCAGGGACGCCUGUUUCCCCAGUGCAGUACACACACCUGCAGCACACUUUCCAGUUUGUUGGGCCCCAGUACAGUGGACCAUACGCCGGAUUCAUCCCUUCCCCACUGAUUUCGCCAACAGCCAAUUCUGCAACCAGCACAGCGGCCUCUGCCACUGCUGUUGCAACCACUCCAUCCCAGCGUUCCCAGCUGGAGGCAUAUUCCACUUUGCUGGCCAGUGUGAGCAACCUAAGCCAGCAAGGGCACAAAGUUGAGCCCCAUCUUGUCAGGACACCUGGAUUGAUCACAGCAGGGUCUCCUCCACCUGCCCAGCAAAACCAGUAUGUCCACAUUUCCAGCUCUCAGAGUGCCGUCAGAAAUGUCUCUCCUCCGGCCAUCCCAGUCCAUUUGCAUCCCCACCAGACAGUGAUUCCUCACGCGUUCACUCUUGGCCCUUCCUCCCAGGUGGUGGUGCAAUAUGCGGAUUCUGGCAGCCAUUUUGUCACUAGGGAGUCCACCAAGAAGUCUGAGAGCAGCAGGCUGCAGGCUAUGCAAGCAAAAGAAAUACUGAAUGGGGAAAUAGAGAAGAGUAGGCGAUAUGGCAUCUCGCCAUCCUCAGAACUGAAUCUUAUCAAAUCAGGCAAUAAACCAUCUCCUCAUCAUUAUGAGGCCAGACAUGUGGUGGUCCACUCGGGGCCUGCUGAUUACAUUGCACGGGAUUCCUCCAGUGUCCGGUCCUCCGUUAUGGUUGUCCCCAACAGUAGCACACCUACUGCAGACAUGGAGGCCCAACAGGCCACCAACAGAGAAACACCACCUUCAGCCCUUGGUGAAAAGGGAAGCUUACACUUAGGAAAAACAGCCCACCGAUCCUAUGCUUUAUCUCCGCAACAGACUAUGGGUCAUGAAGGGGUGAAAGCAGUCGCCACUUUGUCCCCUCACACAGUCAUUCAGACCACCCACAGCGCCUCAGAGCAGCUCCCUGUCGGGUUGCCUGCUGCAGCCUUCUACACUGGGACUCAGCCAUCGGUAAUUGGCUACCUGAGCAAUCAACAGCAAGCCUUUGGCUAUCAUGGAAGUCUCCCACAACACCUGGUGAUUCCUGGCACCCAGCCCCUCUUAAUACCAGUAGGCAAUGCAGAUAUCGACACAUCAGGAGUACCGCCUGCUAUAGCCACUUCAUCUCCCCAGUUGGCAGCAGUGCCUCACACGUUCGUCACAACCACCAUUCCGAAAAGUGAGAAUUUCAAUGCCGAGUCACUAGCAAGUCAGCCAGCUUACCAGGCAGCAGUGGUGCAGGCCCAGAUCCACCUCCCCCUGGUCCAGCCAGUACCUUCUUCAGCAACUGCUCCUCCUACACUGCCUCCUUACUUCAUGAAAGGGUCUAUCAUUCAGUUGGCCAACGGAGAACUGAAGAAGGUAGAAGAUUUAAAAACAGAAGACUUUAUACAAAGUGCAGAAAUUAGCAGUGACCUGAAAAUAGACUCCAGCACCGUGGAAAGGAUUGAUGACAGCCAUAACCCAGGCAUUGCCAUGAUACAGUUUGCAGUUGGAGAGCAUCGAGCACAGGUCAGUGUUGAAGUCUUGGUAGAAUAUCCCUUUUUUGUAUUUGGACAAGGUUGGUCAUCCUGCUGCCCUGAGAGAACAAGCCAGCUCUUUGAUUUGCCGUGUUCCAAACUCUCAGUUGGGGAUGUCUGCAUAUCACUUACACUCAAGAAUCUGAAGAAUGGCUCAAUUAAAAAGGGCCAGUCCAUGGACUCAGCUAGCAUCUUGCUGAAGCACUCUAAGAAUGACAGUCUAACUGGUAGUAGACAUAGGUAUGCAGAGAAGGAAAAUGGGAUUGAUCCGGGAAGCGCCAAGAUGUCAUCUGAGAAUGGUGAACUGAAGUUUCCAGACAAAAUAGGAUUGCCUGCAGCAUCUCUGCUUACCAAAUCAGAACCCAGCAAGCCCACAGCAACUAGGAAGAGGAGGUGGUCAGCCCCUGAAACACGGAAACUAGAGAAGUCGGAAGAGGAGCCACCGUUGACUCUUCCCAAGCCUUCUUUUAUUCCUCAGGAGGUUAAGAUUUGCAUUGAAGGGCGGUCUAAUGUAGGCAAGUGACAUCUGUUUAGGGAAAGGAAAAUUAGGCUAUCCCUUGUCAUUUUUAUCCAGAUUACUGUACUGUAGGCUAAAAUAACCCAGUAUUUACAUGUUAUCAUCUUAUUUUAGGUUUAUGUUAUAACCUUGUUGUUAUACAGUAGUUGCAGCUGGUAUUAUGCAGGAGACUGGUGCAUACUUUCCCCCCCACCCCCCGCCCCCACCGAAGUGUUUAUCGGUGAUUAUUUGUACUGAGAGCUACAGAAAGGGCAGCACCUGCUUCCUCCGGCCCCUUCUGGAAGCAAAUGUGGCUGUCAUGGCUUCUGUUUUCCAACGUGUGAAGCAGAAUAAGCCUUGGCUGUCUUUGGAGAGGAGAUGGGAAGGGAACUGUAGCAGAGAUGAACACUAUUGCCUGAUUCAAUGAGAGCUUGGGGCUGGAAGUUCCAUAGCAGUGUGGUUUGGUGGUUCCCUCAACAAGCAGCUACUGGGAAUCCAGUCCAGAGGCAGUAACAGAACUGAGCAGUCUCUGAGGCUUUGCACAAUAAACCACCUUUCUUUUUAAUUUUCUAAAGUUUGCCACAUAUUUUCCCACUCCUCCCAGCCCCAUCCUCUGCCCCACAACGGGGGUCUGACUGCACUAUUUUUUUUAAUUAUUAUUAUUAUUGUUGUUAUUAUUCUCAGAGACUGCCACACAGAGAUUUCAUCUCCACUUGCUAGUAUAGUUGCAUAGCAAUGGUGUAGCGACGGAUCCUUGCUUUGCUAACACUGGGAAUUUCUUUAAAGUAGGACAAUGUUGCCGUAGGCCUAGCGAGUUUCAAAUUGUGGGGACCCCGGCUAGUGCUCUUCAUUACUUCUGAACAGGGUUAGCGAGAUUCACUGAGUGUUGCCAGCCACUGACGUUUGCUUCCACAAGGUAAAUAUGCACUGCCCCUUUGGGAGAGAGUGAACAUCAAAGUUGUUUGCAUUUAGGUUGCAAAUCUUUGUCUAACUCUAGUACUGUUUUUAGUUCCUGACGAUGGACAAUUAGUGCCACUUCCCCCCCCCACCCCCAAAUUUCAGUGUGACACAAGGAAAUGGAUGUCGAAGAUGAACAUAGAAUGUCUUUAAGCACUUAGAAUGCUGUUCACAUUUUGGUUGCUGAGCAUCUGGGCUUAACACUCAGCAAGUACUGUAUCUCACUUUAAUCUCUGUGAUGAGACAGAGAAAAACAAAGAAAAGAAAGAAAACCGAUCUCUUCAACACUGUUAACUACAUGCAAAGUAUGUAGAGGUUUUUCACAAGCAAGAUGUUGAAAGUUUUUCAUGUGGUUUCAAAGGGAUGAAUGUGAAUUAUGAACUGGUAUGUGACAGUCAUUGUCCACAAGGACUACUUAAUAGGAGGCACUUUUAAAACUUUAAUGCUUGUGAAAGAGUUAAAGGCAUAUGUGAGCUGACAGAUAAUAAAUGAAUAAGAGAGAGUAUAAAAGAAAGAGAAGAAAAAAAUCAUUAUUGUCCAGUGUUUUUGAAAAAGAUGGACUUUAAAGAAUCUUGCAAUUUGCACAUCUUGAGUUUAUCAUUUGUGUGGUAUUCCUGCAGUUUUUACCUAAUAAUUUUUGGGGAAGGGAGAGGGACUGAAAAAGCUUAAACAAAUGUAGCAAUUAUUUACUAACCUGCCUAAUCUCUAGGCCAUUUUUGUAGGGUUAGGUUUCGUUUCAACCUCUUUAUUUUCUUUCUACCAUAUCUGUCACCCUGAACCAGGACAGACUCUGAGAAUUUCUCUUCAAAUUCACUGAGUUUUCCAUAAGAAGUCAUUUUGACACAGAAGCAAGUUAUGUUUCCCCCACCUUUUAAUUCUAAUCCAUUGUUUUAUUAUUGUGAAUGUUACUCUUUGUUACUUUGAAUAACUUCUUUUCCAUUAGUAGUACAAUGUAGAUGUCAAAGUUUGGUACAAAACAGGACAAUGGGUAGAACGUUUACCCAGUUAAGCUCUUUUGUUGUUGGUGUUGUUACUGUUCCCAGAAAUCUGAAACAAAUUUAGGAGUGGAUCCAGAGAUCCUGACUCCUGCUGAUUCUGUGGCUUCCAUCAUGAAACCAGUUCCUGACAAAUAGCCACAUUAAAGCCCUGGUGACUACUCACUGAUGAGUGAUUUAACAAUACCAGCCUGUGAAAAAUUCACAUGAAUAAGCAUUCAGCCUAGUUUAAAGCCCAGUUAAUUAAAAUAGUGCUAUAAAAUAUUAGCAUCUCCUGGUGAAAGACAUUCUGGACAUUUUCAUACAUGAGGCUUAAUUUGGGUCCUCCUUGAGUUGGUCUGUAAUGUGAAUCUAAAAUAUGUGCUAGUGUGCUCUAUCCAUGUUAAAAAUGACUACAUGUGGUACAAAUCAUAUGAGAAGCCCAAAUAGUGUUGUGUGUGAAAAUGGUAGAACGUUUUAACAUCAGUUCUUGUUCUAGUUUAUUGGGUGGGCAGGCAGGCAGGCAUGAAUUCUCUUCUUUCCCCACUUCGAAUUACUUUUUGAUGCAAUCCAAACCCAGGGCAAGUAAGGUAAAAUGCAGGGCAAGUUGCCCCUACAAACAGGUGCUGCUUAUCCUGAUUUAUUUUGCAUGACCAUUCCACUUGCCUUGGGUUAGCCACUGUCCUCAAAGUGGCCUUGUUUUGGGAGUGAAUGAAGCCGAAAUAGACAAGUCACAUAUCUCUGCUACUCAAGUGAAGGGUAAGCUGUAACCUUAGUCUGGGUUCAACCAAUGAUUAGUUGAGAGACUUGUGUAACAGGAGUUUAUCUCUCAUGAUCAAGACUUUAACCUCAGACAUGGUCCUGCUGGUUCACUGGGGCUUUGUGAGUGUGAGGCCCUUGCAGAUCAAGAAUUGAAAUUUUAAAUUCCAGAAUACAACCUCAAAUGAACAAAUUCCUCCAAAUGUUCAUUUUCCUCCCUAACUUGCUUAAAUACGAUAUAUAUAUAUAUAUAUAUA